GAUACCAUUCAAAAAAAAUCUAUUAACCUUAUUUCCCUUUGCAACGAAGCAAGUCACUGAUUGGAUAAUGGGCGGCGGAGGAACGAUGAGGACGGCAGCCAAGCUCGCCGGCAUCGGCGUCGCUAGGUCAGGCUUCAGGGGAACGACGGUUACGUAUCCUGCGGAGAAGCAGUGGUCUCGGAACCGCGCCUCAUCGCCGACGAGGGUUAUAUCUCAAGGGACCAAAACCGCGGACGUGAAGCCGCUACACACCUCGGUUUCGGAGGAUUUGAAUGAUUGGGAGUUUGCUGAUGAAGGUGAUUUGUUUAUGUCGAGUGGAGAGCCUACGCCGAGAAUGGUGUUUGGGGAGGUUCCGACCUUGAAGGAAGCGGAGGAAGCCACGGCUGAAUUGAAGGACGCUAUUGAUCAAAUUUACCUUUCACCUGCUAAUUCACAAAUUGAGAACUCAUCUCCUGGCAGUGAAGUCUCGGUUCUGUCUCCUUAUUCCAAGGAUUGUCUUGUUGAGGCUAUUUCAAAUCCUUCGGUGUCUAAGCAUGCCAUUCACGCUUUUCAGUUGCUUAGCUCAAGUGUUGAGGCCCAGACUGUUGUGCAAUCCAUUGCUUGUGACCCAAAUAUAUGGAAUGCUGUCAUGCAAAAUCCUGCAGUCACUAGUUUCUUUGAAUCACAGCUUGCAGAUUCAACAAAUGGUGCUGCUUUUGCUGGUUCUGGAUUUGCAGAAACUCCUGAAAAAGAGGAAAAGCCUGAGUCUCAGUCAGGAAAUGUUUUUGAUUUUAUGGGUAUUCUGCAGAAUUUGAAGCUGACAGUUACUGAAAUGGUAAGUAGAAUGUCCAAUUUCUUUCAGAACAUAUUCCCAACAGUUGAGAAAGACAAAUCUUCAGCUGAUGCUGAUGGAGGCAGUUUCAUGGAUUAUAAAAAUGUAAUGGGAACUAGUUUCAUGGGAUUGGCAGUUAUGGUGAUAAUGGUUGUACUGAUGAAGAGAGCCUGAACACUCACUAGGCAAAACUAUAAUCCGUCGACCUUUCUUGUCGUUUUUAAUGCUUGUGUAGUAUGUGAGUACAUUUGAAGCAACAACUUUUUAAUGUGUAGCUAGUAGCUACUUCUUUGUGUAUUUCUCUUGACAUUUGAAGCAGCUAUACUAUUUUAUUUUUUUAGUAGAAAUGGAGUCUUCAUGCACAGGUUGGUGUUAAAAAUUUGACGAGAAUUUUAUAAUCUAAUGCUUCUUAUUGCUUAA